AUGUAAUUACUUCAACGUCAAUCAGCUUAUCAUGCGUAUAUUCCAAUAAUUAACGCGAUACAUUCAACUCGACACUCAAGGAAAUACCGUGUUAUUAUAAUGAGGUAUUAUAAAGCAGAAACAUCGAACACAUUGCCAGUAAUACGUGAUAGCUGACGGAACAUUGUCGCGUUGAUAGUGAAAAUGGUUGUGCUGUGCCGAAUAUUAGUGGAUAGACCUGAGAAUGGUGCUUACAGAUCUGGGGACACAGUUGAAGGAACAGUGAAAUACCAUCUAGAUAGACCAAUGACAUUUGAAGCCAUAAAUGUGUCGUUAAUUGGUGAAGGCAUGGCUAGCUGGCCGGUAUCACAAAACUCAGAUUAUGCCUGUGAUAAGCAAGAGUAUUUAUCAUUAAACAAAGACAUCCUCCUUAAUCGAGACUCCGUACAGGACCAAGGAUGCUAUUCCUCAACAUUUGCCUUCGUUAUCCCAGAAAACAUCCCAUCGACAUUCAAACACACAUCGUGCUAUAUCACUUACAAAAUUUUCGUCAACUUUACAAUGAUAAAACCUUUUAUCAGAAGCAGAAUGUUCGAAAUUGAAAUUCCCGUUUAUGGGACCACAAGUCCAUGUUCUCCAGAACCGCUGAAACUGGAACUUACAAAAGAAAUCUUCUCUCUCGGACUUGGGCCAAAUAAUGUGAACAUUAAAGUUGUGGCGGAUAGAACAUUUGUAUCAUCGGGUGAGAGUAUUAACUUAUUUCUCAUAGUAGAUAACAAUUCUAGUGUUAAAGUAACCACAAUAAAGACAGAAUUGGUGAGAUACUUCAGCUUAGGGGUAGAGAAUGUUAAUAUACCUUUCGAUAUUGAACAUUUUAAAGAGACCAAGAGUCGAACAGCAAGUGUGAACAAAUGCAGUGUCAAGUAUUUUAGUUGUAUGGUCCCCACGACGUCAGAUCUGUACUCGGUACAGCAUACAAGGAAGGUACUGAUAGAAUAUAAAGUGAGAGUCACAGUGAAGUUUCCCUUUCCAUACAAAAAUGUGUUUCUUGAAAUCCCAGUGGUGAUAGGUACGGGAGAUGAUGUCAAAAUGUAUCGUAAAAUGCAAGACUGUUAUUAGCUUAUUAAGUUUUAGCUGUUAUUUUAUGAAGGUUAUACCCGACUAGUUUUGGGUCCAACUGGAGUUCUUAAUCAUGAACUCAAAAGCGGCUGUGUCGCUAGUCAGUCAAAUAAAUAAUUAUGAAUCCGCCUCAAUAAAGAUGUUAUAAAAAUGUUUUGUAUUAUGCUGUUUUA